AGCCUUGUGCUGAUGUUACUUCACCAUCUGAAUCUGAAACUAGCAAUGAUCGAUCUCAAAAAAGAAAUAGAUAAGGUAGGCCAGUUUUCAAUAAAGUAUGGGACUAUGUUAUUAGGUGUGAAAAAGUCUCACCUAGCACUUCAUUGCAAAAAUGUUCCAGAGGAUAUCCGACGAUAUUGGCAUAAUAAGCUUAUAGAGGUUGAUAAUGCCAAUAAAAGAAAUUCACAAUCACAAUUGGUUUUACCACCACAAGUUAGCAUUAGUUACGAUGAGAAUCUUUUAAGAGCAUGGAAUCUUUUUAAAAGUCUUAACCCUGCAUAUGUAUUGCCAUCUUAUACAACUUUAUCUGGGAGAUUACUUGAUGAAGAGUUUGCACAAAUACAAAUUAAUAUUAAUAAUGAUUUAGAGCAUGCAAAACAUUUAACUUUAA